CGAGGCCGUAAAUCAACCUAAAGCUCCCCAACCCCCGCCGCUGCCCUGGCCGGUCUCCUGGUUGGCGUCUGCAUCUGGGUCCGGAGCCCUCUCCCAGCGGGCAUCAUGCCGAGGAAGCAGUGACCCGAGGGAGGCCGGAGCCCGGGCGCCGGAACUGCUACCAUGUCCCACCAACCACUUAGCUGCCUGACUGAGAAGGGGGACAGCCCCAGUGAAACCACAGGAAAUGGACCCCCCAAUCUGGCUCACCCAAACCUGGACACGUUCACCCCACAUGAGCUGCUGCAGCAGAUGAGAGAGCUUCUAAUCGAGAACCAUCAGCUGAAAGAAGCCAUGAAGCUAAAUAACCAAGCUAUGAAAGGGCGAUUUGAGGAGCUUUCAGCUUGGACAGAAAAGCAGAAGGAAGAACGCCUUUAUUUUGAGACUCAGAGCAAAGAAGCCAAAGAGCGCUUAACAGCACUGAGCCUUGAAAAUGAAAAACUGAAGCAAGAACUCGGAAAACUAACAGGGAAAACUGAAAGGGCAUUCGAGGACAUCAUUGGGGACCCUAAGGUCCCCAAGGCAGAAGUGGAACAAGAAGUGGAACAGCUGAAGACCCAGGUGGUACGCCUCCAAGCUGAAAAGGCAGAUCUGCUGGGCAUCGUGUCUGAAUUGCAACUCAAGCUGAACUUAGGCGGCUCCUCCGAAGACUCCUUUGUUGAAAUCAGGAUGGCUCUCACUGGACUAGAAAUGUCUUUCAAAUCGUUGAAGUGGUCCUGGCCCCCACUGCUCCCUAAGUGGCCCAAAAAGCAGAUGAACUUCAAAUGGGAGCCAGCCUUUCGCCCUGAGGGCGAAGCAGAUGUGGCAGCAAAAGAAAUCAAGACAAGUCCUAGGCCCACAAGAACUGAUUCCGUUGACAUGUACGUGAAGACAGAGUCGGGCUGUCAGACAGGCACGCUGGGCAGUCUUGUCACUUUCGGCUCACCCCUGAGAGGCCAAACACGGAGCAAAUCUGCAGAAGGUACCAAGAAUUAUGUGGAGUUUGAGGAAUUAACUGUGAGCCAGCUCCUGCAUUGUCUAAGGGAAGGAAACCAGAAGGUGGAGAGACUUGAAGUUGCCCUCAAGGAAGCCAAAGAAAGAAUUUCUGAUUUUGAAAAGAAAGCCAGGGAUCACUCUGAGACUGAGACCCAGACAGAGGAGCCCACAGAACAAGAGAAAGAAGAGGAGAAAGACACCAAAACUAUUGGAAGUGAAGUGGAAACACUGAACCUUCAGGUGACAACCCUGUUUAAGGAGCUUCAGGAAGCUCACACGAAACUCAGUGAAGCUGAGCUAAUGAAGAAGAGACUUCAAGAAAAAUGUCAGGCCCUGGAAAGGAAAAAUUCUGCAAGCCCAUCAGAGCUGAAUGAAAAACAAGAACUGGUUUAUAAAAACAAAAAGUUAGAGCUCCAAGUGGAAAGCAUGCGAUCAGAAAUCAAAAUGGAACAAGCUAAAACAGAAGAUGAAAAGUCCAAAUUAGGCACUCUACAGUUGACACACAACAGGCUUCUUCAAGAAUACAAUAAUGCACUGAAGACAAUUGAGGAACUAAAAAGGAGAGAGUCAGAAAAAGUGGAUAAGGUGGUGCUGCAGGAACUGAGUGGAAAACUGGAACUGGCAGAGAAGGCCCUGGCUUCCAAGCAGCUCCAAAUGGAUGGGAUGAAGCAGACCAUUGCCAAGCAGGAGAAGGACCUGGAGACCAUGGCUGUCCUCAGGGCUCAGAUGGAGGUUUAUUGUUCUGAUUUUCAUGCUGAAAGAGCAGCAAGAGAGAAGAUUCAUGAAGAAAAGGAGCAGCUGGCAUUGCAGCUGGCAGUUCUACUGAAAGAAAACAAUGCUUUCGAAGAUGGAGGCAGCAGGCAGACCUUGAUGGAAAUGCAGAGCCGUCAUGGGGCAAGAGCAAGUGACGCUGACCAGCAGGCUUAUCUCGUUCAAAGAGGAGCCGAGGAUAGAAACUGGCUGGAUCAGCAACAGAAUAUUCCAAUUCAUUCUUGCCCCAAAUGUGGAGAAGUUCUGCCCGACAUAGAUACACUACUGAUUCAUGUUACGGACUGUAUCAUUUAAGUGUUGACCUUUUACCUCCCCCAAGCUGUUGGUAAAUCUCAUUUUUUUUUUUUCCUCCAAGAGUUGUACUUUUGUGUCAUUUGUUUCAUGCAACUAUUAUUUUUAUUUUGGAAGAGAGAAAAAUCAUGUUCUAUAAAGGACAUUUUGGGGCACAUUUCCUUAACUCGCAAAAUAGAAUCUUUAGCGUACCACUCUCUGAUAAUAGGCUUGUUGUUUUUAAUAUUUAGUUGAUGUGAGCACUGAACUGUUCAUGCAGGUAAUGAGCGUGUGACAUCAUGGACGGAGUAAAGGUGGUAAUAAGAUGGAAGAUGCCUCACUGAUUAGAACCUUCUAAGGAGGCAGGAAAAAUGGAGUGGUCACAGAUAUAAUCGAGAAAAGUGUUUUUGAAGUAUUUUUAAAUAAACUAUAUUGUUAUCUUUCUUUAUCCAUUUAA